AUGCUAGACAACUUGAUUCUUCUAAUUUUUUGCUCUUUUCUUAGUCAUAUUAUGGCUGGAACCAUGACCGUUAUUAGUGAUACAUCCGUAUAUACAAUAAUCAAUUCUCAAACGAUCUAUGCGACGAAUCCAGCAAACUAUUCUUAUGCAUGGAAAAGUAUUGACGGAGCCUCAUGAAUUUGAUACGCUUCUGAUAACACCAAAAUAGAAGCUGCUUUGUUUAUCAAAUGCUUUAGUGUCCCAGGAACUCCGACCUCCUCUAAUAUUAAUAUUGGAGCAGACGAUAAUUUCACGGUCUUCUUGAAUGGUCGACUCGUAGGUAUGAAAUCUUUAACAUCAUUUUUUUUAACAGAAAUUGAUAUGCUGUCAAAAACUGUUUAUGGGCAAAACUGCCUACAUAUUAUUGUGGAAAACACUGUAGACUAUGCAGGGUUAAUAUUUAAAGCUACAAUAUCUUAUCAAUAA